AAGAGAAGAGGGGCGUGGUAUAAUGGGGACUAGCGGGCGGAGCUUCGGACUUGCAUGCGACAGGCAGUCGCAACGUGAGAGGACGCAGCAGUGCCAUGAGGCCAGAGAAGCGGCGCUUCGUCGGGCCGUAACUCUUUGGAGCUGUUGCCAUCGCGACCGCCGCCGUCCUCCCCUCACCAUUUCACUUUCCUCCUGGCCAUGGAUGCCGCUGCGAUUGGGCGGCGGCGGCUUGCGCCGCGGAGGGACAGUCUUUGAGGUCCGGCGGUGUGACGGUUGGGGACUAACCGCCGCUGUUCAUUCCUGCGCGUGACCCUGUUCGCACGCACCCAGCAUGCCAUGGGGAACAGUUGGGCGGCGCAGUGGUGCUGCUGGCUUUUCCCGAGGCGGGAAACUGGACGGAUCCAACGAGGAGGAGGAUCGAAGUACUUCAGGACGUGUUCUACCGGAGAACAUUUCACUAUAGAGUUUGAAAAUCUAGUGGAAAGCGAUGAGGGUGAAAGUCCAGGAAGCAGCCAAAGACCUCUAACAGAAGAAGAAAUAGCUGAUCUAAGAGCAAGGCAUUACAAUUCCAUUGCUGAAAAACAAAGAACACUAGAUCAUAAGCUUCAGUCAGAGUUAGCCAUACAAGAGGAGAAGUUAAGAAUAGAAGAGGAGGCUUUAUAUGCUGCACAGCGUGAAGCAGCCAGGGCAGCAAAGCAGAAAAAGCUCUUGGAGCAACAAAGGCUGCAGAGGAUAAUGCAAAGAGCACAACUGGCAAACAGUGGAGAUAAUCAAAGCUCUAUGACAGAAGAAGACUUCGAUGCUUACUUGAGAAAUGUGAAACUACAAUAUGAAGCUUUUCGAAGUAGCAGGCUCUCAUCUGAUGCUACUGUUCUGACACCAAAUACAGAGAGCAGUUGUGACUUGAUGACCAAAACCAAAUCAACCAGUGGAAAUGAUGACAGUAACUCUUUAGAUUUGGAGUGGGAAGAUGAAGAAGGAAUGAACAGAAUGAUUCCAUUGCGGGAACGUUCAAAAACUGAAGAGGAUAUACUCCGAGCAGCACUAAAAUUUAGUGGCAAGAAAACUGGAAGCAACCCAACUUCUGCCUCUGAUGACUCCAAUGGUUUGGAAUGGGAGAAUGACUUUGUUAGUGCAGAAAUGGAUGAUAAUGGCAACUCUGAGUAUGCUGGAUUUGUAAACCCUGUUUUAGAACUGUCUGCAUCUGACAAAAAGACAUCUGAUGCCGAUCAGCAAGACAGAUAAUGAAAUUACAUGGUUGAAGUUGGACAAAAAUGUCCAAUUCUGUAUGCGUUGCGUGCAAGUCAUUGCUGCUUCACAACCUCCUUUAAACUAAGGAAGUUGACAUUGACAGUACUUGAUGAAUUGAAACAGAUUUUUUUCUAGAACAUGAAAGAAACCAUAUGAUAAUGUUCAUCAGUUACAAAAUAAGAGUAUGAUUUGCCAUCUGAAUUCAGAAUUUUAAGUGCAAUUUUAUCAUCAACCUUUGAAAUUUACAUAAAAAUUGUUGUGUCCUUGAAUUUUAGUAUACAGUGAUCUGCACUAACUGAAGCAUCACACCUGGGUACUUUUUAGGGCUGUAUUUCUGAUUUGUUUAACUAUUAACAUUACCUUCUAUUUAAUACUUGAAUGUGUAAAGUAAUGAGCAACUUUCUAACAAUCUUAUUGUUGUGAAACUCAAUAGGAAAGCUAUACAUGAAAAAUUUACAUACCUUUUCUAUUUAUGUCUUUAUUUGAAUGAAAAGUCAGAUCUCCAGCACAAUGCAUCUCACAUUUAAGUGUAUUAAAAACAUCAUACAAGACAGCAUUUUAUCUUGUAUGGUAACAAACUAUGUAUGUUAAAGCAUUUUGAAGUACAGUAUAUGUUUUUGAAGAAAAAAAAUGUUAGAGAACCAAAGGUUCCAUUUCCCCCCCAACUAUGAAAUGCCAAAUGCUGUUAGAACAAAGAUUUUAGUUGUGUAUGCUUUUAAGAGAUACAAAGGUAAUUUUGUUCCAAAUUCUCUGUUUACUGAGUUUAUAUUAAUAACUGAAACUCAGAACAUCUAGUAAGUUUUAUAAGUGGAAGACAUAUAUUUCUGGAAUUGUAUUAAUGCAAAGUAGUAUUCCAAUCCAAAGGUUUAUUUUCUGGAUACAAUAAAAGAUUUCUUCAUGUACCUUAUAACUAAUUUAGGAUUUGCUAUAAAAGUGUAAUUUAAUCAGGUUUAAUUUGUGCUAAUUUGGGGGGAAAGGAAAGAUAUCUUUCUCAAAGAGUCUUUAAAAUUCUCAAAAAAAGCUCAAGUGUCAACUUAAUUCUAGCAUUUUUGAGGCUGUUGCAAAGUGUUAGUCUUCUUCCUGUUAAAUUAUUUGGUGGUAAGCAAGCUGCUUUGGAAUGGUGCUUUCUUUUCAGUAAUACUGCUACAUCUGGGUAUGUGUCUGCCACUGAGACUUUUUACGCGUACUAAACCUGAAUGUUACUGAGGGCAGUCGAUCAGGGAGCAGAAGAGUGCUUUCUUAGUGUGAUUACUCACUGUUUGUCCUCUUGGGCUGCAUGCUGUCCUUCUCUGCCUGUUGUACAGUCCUCUGUUCCCCUUUUGUGGUAUCAGAAAGGAGAUGUUUCUUCCAAGGUACAUAAAGUUAAAACUAUGCAGUUAUAAGCAAACAUGAGCAUAGCUCAUGUUAGCAACUGCUGUUAGUGAUGAAGAGGAGCAGUGGCAGCUCAGAAUGUGAACAAGGCAGCAUACAGAGCUUUAGAAACAGCUAUAUGUCUUCUGCCUAAGUUUUUCUGCCAGUACUAGCAUUCUUUAGGCUGCUGCAGAGGACCUGCACAUGUCUGUUGGCCCUGGCCACACACAGUCACUGAGUGGUGUGCACAGGGUGAACAUGCAGAGGAAGUACCUGUAUGCACAUGCUCUCCCCAUGAUCAGCAGCGUUCCAAAAGCAACGUUGCUGAUCACAGGUGGGGGCAUAUUCACACGUUCUUCUCUGUGUAUUUGCCCCAUGCUGACCACCUGGUGAUCAGAUGCAGGUUGAGGCCAACAUGGUUGUUCCUUUAGUACCACCCUAUGUAGUGAGUUAACAUGCAGAUAGGUCAUCUCCAUAGAGAUGUUGUUACGGCUGGUGGCAGCACUUUCAUUUUUAAGUUCCAUCAUCUCCACCCAUUGUUAACAAGCUGUACUGUGACAGUUCUCUCUGUCUCAUAGUUUUAAUUUUCUUGUUCUCAUAAUUUAAAAACUUGAUUAACUUAAGUUCAUUCCAGUUUCAUAUUGUUUACUUUUAUACACGUUAGUCACUGCCCCAAUAAUAUAUUAUGGAUGUAAAAUGGCUAGUGGCAUUAAAGAAUUAUGAAUUGUAUAUCUGUCUUAACCUGUGUAAUAUACCAUAUCAUAGUACACUGAUUUCUCCCCGUGCCUUUUGUUUUAAAAAAAAGAUAGCUCUUGACCAUAUGUAUAUAUGUGACACCUUAAACAGCAUAACCUUUCUUAAUGUAUCGCAUUUCUUAAACUGAAGCUUUAUUGCUAAAAAUAUUUACAUGAGAAAUUCUACACUUGCAAUGCCUGUAACACGCUUUAUAAAAGAUUUGUACACUUAAAAUGUAUAUUUUUGGUUUGACAUAAGCUACUGUGUGUCAACUUUUUCAUGUUAUCAGCCCUUAAAGGUUAAAUUUCUCAAGCUGUUAAUAAAUUUUAUACACACUUCAUAA